ACGGACAAUCUGACGCAAAAUCCGACGGUUUGCGGUAGGCCCCGGUCUAGAACCGCCAUGAACCGUGAACUCUCGACUCAAGCUCGAGCUCUGUUUGGCUGAAAGAAAGCUCGUCUGUCGAAACCAACAGGUAGUGCCGGUCUCCUGUGAAUUAAUUGGUGCAGGCCUAGUUUCCAGCGCCGUUCUUAGGGAAUACUCAGCCGUCACUUUCGCCGCGCCACUCGCAACGUAACACGAAGUGUGUAACAUAUGAGGAUGUAACAUAUACGAUGUUCACGAAGGGCUAACCCAGCCGCUGCGAGGCUCUGGUCAACCCCCGGUUUGCCCACGGGAAUGCCGGAAGGGGGUGUGUUACACGCAGUAGCUCCCCUCCCGUUUCUUCCGACCCUGCAGGUAUUCGCUGACGUGGAAAGCACCCGUGCCAGCAAGGCAGCAGACCUUGCUAAAGUGGGACGGAUCGGUGGUGAUGGCAAGGGAGUUUGCGGAAUUCCUGGAGAGCUUUGAGGUGGCCGAGGCUUUCCAUAGGAGGGGGACUGCAGCUCUUUCCUCCUUCCAGUCAGCGCAUGAGCAGUUUUACCGUUCCUCUGCUGAAGCCAUAUCAGGCUCCCCUCUUGUAUCCAGCAUCCUAGAUUCCUUCCAGAAGUCACCUAUGUCCAACCCACCCGCAGCAUCAUCAGCAUCAGCAUCAUCAGCAUCAGCAUCAGCAUCAGACACACAUCCAACGUCUACUUUAUCAUCAGCAUCAGCAUCAUCAGCAUCGGCAUCAAACACACAUCCAACGUCUACUUUAUCAUCAGCAUCAGCAUCAUCAGCAUCGGCAUCAAACACACAUCCAACGUCUACUUUAUCAUCAGCAUCAGCAUCAUCAGCAUCGGCAUCAAACACACAUCCAACGUCUACUUUAUCAUCAGCAUCAGCAUCAUCAGCAUCGGCAUCAAACACACAUCCAACGUCUACUUUAUCAUCAGCAUCAGCAUCAUCAGCAUCGGCAUCAAACACACAUCCAACGUCUACUUUAUCAUCAGCAUCAGCAUCAUCAGCAUCGGCAUCAAACACACAUCCAACGUCUACUUUAUCAUCAGCAUCAGCAUCAUCAGCAUCGGCAUCAAACACACAUCCAACGUCUACUUUAUCAUCAGCAUCAGCAUCAUCAGCAUCGGCAUCAGGAUCAGCAUCAUCAGCAACACUGUCACGGUCAAUAUUGCCAUCAUCCCCUCUGGCUGAAUACAUGGCUGCUGGCUGCACCUGUCCGUCAAAGCAGCACAAAGCUGCUAUCGCAUUGCACACCUCCCUCACCCUGCUCCAACAGCUGGUGGAGCUGACUCAGGAGACCGUGUCAGAAAUGGAGGAGAUCUGUCACACCGCUGCAUCUCGCUUGCUUCAGGGAAAUCUGCACGGUUCAGCCCAGCUUAUGGCGGCUCAGCCCAUAGCUGCUCUUCAUUGCUCAUUCAUAAGCAAUGAUGGUGCCGCUCCUGGUUCUGCUGCUGCUGCUGCUGCUGCUGCUGCUGCUGAUGCUGGUGAUGCUGAUGGUGCUGGUGAUGGGUGUAACGCUGCUGCCACAAGCACCAGCUCGCAUGGUCCUUGUGACGAUGGCAGCGACUGCAUCACUGGUAGUGUUGGUGACGAUUCAGACAGCCCAAUGCAGGCAUGCGAUGGCAGCGGCAAGAAUAACUCGAGGGGAGAGGCAGCAGGCACAAGGAGCGGUGUUACAUUACAAGCGGACAUGGUAACCAUGAUGGCAGCUGUGCUGGGGAUGCUCAAGAAGGAUCUACAAAUGAAGCUCACUAUUAUUGAGGACCUCUCGCUCUCCACGUCAGCUACCCAUGUGGCAUCGUACUCGAUGAUGUGGCAGCUUCGGCCGUUUGUGGAUGAGAGGGUAAUGAAAGAAGCUACAAGAUGGGCUAGUAGGAUGAAAGUGUAGAAUUCAAAGUAGUAUUCGUGGAAACUCAGAAUACACUAAAUGACCAAUUAUUGCAAAACAUGUAGUUUGUGUGACAUCAUUAUAGUUGCUUAUUAGAGGUU